CGCGGGUUGCAUUUUAUUUAUGCGGGUAUUUUAGAACAAAUAUUUGGGCUUCCAGGAUAAAUUGUCAUUAGGUGUCGUCGAAUUGAUUAUCAUCGAAAUUAUUUAAAUCUCAAUGGCUCAAACGCAACAACUGUCAAAUUGUAUCUUCUGUAAAAUUAUUAGGAAUGAGGAAUCUGGCGAAAAAAUUUACGAGGAUGAGGAUGUCACAUGCAUUAAAGACAUUAAUCCAGUGUCUACACAUCAUUAUUUGAUAAUACCUAAUAAACAUAUACGCAAUGCAAAAACACUUCAACCUGAAGAUUCUGAACUUUUCAACAAGAUUGUUGCUACAGUAGACAUUAUCUCUGAAAAGAUGAAUCUUGAUUCUGCGUCUACGCGAACAGGAUUUCAUUGGCCACCAUUUAAUACCGUUCAGCAUUUACAUUUACAUGUUAUUUCGCCAAUAGAGAAAAUGAGUGGUAUAAAAAAGCUGAUGUUUCCCAAUCCCAAUAAUUAUUGGUUUGUGAGCACAGACUAUGUGAAAUCUCGCUUAGAAAAUAGUAAAAAUAGAGCAUUAUAGUUUUACUUUGUUAGUUACCUUCUUGAUAUGAAUUAGAUAUUAAAAUUUUGUGCAAUUUAUCAUGGAAUAUUGGAUGUGAUUGCGAGUAAAAAUAUUUAUUAUAUAUAGAAUAUAACAAAGAUUAUAUAUUUAUUAAGGAUUAAGAGAGAUAAUAUUACAGUUUCGUAUUACAUUAAAUCGUAUAUAUCUUAUAUACAUGUAUCUUGCAUAAUGUAUAUAUAUUUCAUUGUUGCAUUUAAUUGU